AUGUAGAAUUAUGCAUUUCCUUACCCAACUAUGUAUUGUUAUUAUCCAAUACAAACUUGUACUCCCUACAUUGUCUAUCCAUAAUAAAUAGUUAUUUAAAGUUAAAUGUAGCCAAUUUAAUAAGAAGUAUCAAAUUAGAAUUGUUUUAAUAUCAUAACUAAACAACAUUUAGAGGAAACAAAGCCUCCAGAAGUGUAAGAUAAUUAUGAUUACAAUCUGGAUGAGGAAGAUUAAGAUGAAAAUGAUGAAGAUUAUAAAGUUAUGCAUUUAAACGAGAAUCUAGAGAAAAGUAACUUAGUUAAUCAAUUGAAUGGCUCAACUAAUUUAUAGAAAAACUAUGCCAAGGCAAUCAUUCUAUAUAUUAAAUAACAGAAUCCAAUUAUUGUAAAGGAAUUAGGCUAAAAAAAAGCUAUUAAUUUUUAUAGAGUCAUUAACAAAAUCCAAAAUAAAAUCAGAAAUUUAACACAUAUAAGGAAAUAUACUAGAGAUGAAGAUUUCAUUAAACUUUUUAGAAUAUUAUGGUAAAAUAUUAAUUAAUAGUAUUUAGUAAUAAGUUUUUGAGAAAAGAUUGUGUUAGCUAUAUUUAUAACUCAAAAAUCUAAUAGAAAACCAGUCAUUUGAAAGGAAAACAUAUAAUUAAAAACAAUCUAAUCAAAAUCUGA